UCCUCUCCUCCUCAGUGCGUGUUUCCUAAAAGUUUAGUUUUUUCGUGACCAACUCUUCUCUCGGGAGCGCACACAAAUCUCUCUUCGUUCUUUCAUCCUUGGUUUUGAGCUUAUCGCAGGGCCUAGUAACAUCGAUCGAGGAGAAUUUAUGAGCACGAGAUCUCGAUUCCCCAUACACUGAAUACACUAGGGUUCGAAGUCGGGGCGCAAUGCAAAUGAAUCGUAUCUCGAAGCUGGCUCUCGUGGGGUUAAUACUUCUCUGCUCAGUUCUUGUCUCCUCUGCGGAACUUGAGUUUGGUCACUGCGAAAGAGUUGUGAAAAGAUGGGCGGAUGCUUCUUCUUCAUCUUCUAGUGAAGAACAACAUUCUAAUAACAAAGACAAACGCUCUCUUCAGGAUCUGCUCUUCUUUCUCCAUGUUCCUCGAACUGGUGGCAGAACCUACUUUAACUGUUUCUUGAGGAAGUUGUAUGAUAACGCUGAGGAAUGUCCUCGUUCUUACGACAAGCUCCGUUUCAAUCCAAGGAAGGAGAAGUGCAAGUUGUUGGCGACGCAUGAUGACUACAGUUUGAUGGAAAUGCUACCGAGGGAUAAAACUUCGGUGAUGACAAUAGUCCGUGAUCCCGUUGCGCGUGUGCUGAGCACUUACGAGUUUUCAGUAGAGGUAGCAGCUAGGUUCUUGGUGCAUCCCAAUUUAACUUCUGCUGCAAGGAUGGCUGGCCGCAUCCGCAAGAAGAAUGUUAUAAGCACGCUAGACAUAUGGCCUUGGAAGUACCUUGUUCCAUGGAUGAGAGAAGACCUCUUUGCUCGGAGAGAUGCAAGAAAAGUUAAGGGAGUGGUCAUCAUUGAAGACGCUAACCCUUAUGGCAUGGAGGAGAUGCUUAUGCCGCUGCACAAGUAUCUCGAUACUCCCACUGCUCAUGACAUAAUCCACAAUGGAGCUACGUUUCAGAUUGCAGGAUUGACAAACAAUUCACAUUUAGCAGAAGCACACGAGGUUAGGCAUUGUGUGCAGAAGUAUAAAAGCCUCGGCGAGCUUGUUCUUCAAGUCGCCAAGAGAAGGUUGGAUAGCAUGUUGUAUGUUGGACUUACAGAGGAGCAUAGAGAAUCUGCAUCGCUUUUUGCUAAUGUAGUGGGCUCUCAGGUGCUUUCCCAAGUGGUUAUGUCAAACGUAACUGCAAAAUCCAAAACUACUAAAUCAGAAGAAAGGGAUACAGUUUCAGAAUCAGGGUCAGAUAAGAGUGAGAUUAAGAAUGGUACAACUAAAGUUGCAUCUGACAAGAUAGAAGCUAAGAGUGGGACUAUGACGGUGAAAACUCUAAUGGAAGUCUAUGAAGGCUGCAGUACUCAUCUACGGAAGUCCCAAGGAACCAGACGUGUCAACUCCUUGAAGAGAAUCUCGCCAGCAAAUUUCACCACAGAGACACGUACAAGAGUUCCUAGAGAGGUGAUUCAGCAGAUCAAAUCGCUUAACAAUCUAGAUGUGGAGCUUUACAAGUAUGCAAAAGAGAUCUUUGUCAAAGAACAUGAACUUGUGUCAAAGAAGAUCGUUUCAACAUCUAAGAGAAGCAUUGUUGAUCUGCAGAACGUAUUUGGAGAAAUGGAUGAUGAGAAGCUGUGGACAGUGGCAUUGAUGCUUUUACUGCUCUUCCUUUUCUUUCUAUUUGUAAAUGCUAGAAGAAGAAGAACCUCUAAGGUUAAGAUUUGAUCAUCCUCACUUUCUUUGGGGCCAAAUUAGGCAGUUGGGAGAAGAUUUUGGGUCUAAUUGUAAUAUUCUUAAAGCUUCUGGGUCCAGUUGUAAUAUUCUCUUGUUUUCUUUUCUACUUCUCGUGGUAGAGAAAAAGUUUUGGGCCUUACAGGUGAAAAGGGGAAAAUUAGAAGUAAGCCCAUAUCUUCUUUCUUAUAA